AUGAUUAAGCCUCAGAUAUUCAUUCCAGUUGAUCUAGGAGUUGAGAUGAUUAAAAAACCAAGAUAUCUUAUGAAGCCUUCAGCAAAGAAGAAUAGAGUUGGUUCUAAUGGUGUGAGACUGAGAGGGAAUUGGUCUCUAACAUAUCAAGAGUAUAUCAUUUCAUUUUGGAUAACACAUAAAAACAUUUACACUCAAAUCAAAUUUGAUCCAACUUUACAACUUGUCUUGGAAUCUCAAAUUGUUCAAACAAAGUUGAUCGAAAAAGUUCACAGAUUUCCACAAAGUUUUGCACCAGUUGAGAAUGUCUUCAUGAGUUGGGUUCAAUUGACAUUGAUAUCUCAAUCAGAGGUGAUCUUGAAUUACAUCAAGUCCAUAGAAGAUCCCUUCACUUCACAUACUUUCAUGUCAACACAAUUUCAGAUACAACCUUAUGGUUUGAAGAUCGAUCCACCUGAAAUAUCAUGGGAUGAAAUCAAGAUCAUUCAGUUCUGGUCAACUUACAUGUGUGUAUUCCUGAAGAUGCAAAAACUCGGAGAGACACCAUCAUUAGAAAGAUCAAUAGGAAAGUUAGUCAAGUUUAAUUAUAAGGAAACAAGCAAUAUCAUGAGAAAAUUUCUUAUUCAUAUAGAUGAAUAUUCUAUCAAUCAAAAAGUUCCAGUCCUUGCUCAAUUUCUUCAAUACUUUUCUGAACUGACUGAACACAAAGCUCAGUGUGAGUUUGCACUGGGAGUGUUGAGUGAAUUCCACAAAGAAUGUACCUUGAACCAAAACUUGUAA